AUGAGUAUUCUUAAAAAUGAUGAGGUAUGUUCCGGAACAUCCGAGCCAACAAUGAAUAAAGUCAAUAUACUACUUGGACAACAUUCUUGUGCUGGAAAAGUCCAAGAACAAAAAAAAACAAUACUUGACGCAAGCUACGGACCAACUACAAGCUUUGAGCUUUCUUAUCGAUUGGGAAAAAAGCAACAAUAUUUUCUGAGGUUUACGCCCAAUUCGAUAGAAGUGAAAGUAACAGUAUUAUCUGAGAAGCCAAUGUCCAAUGUCAGAACAGCCCAGAAUGGGUAUGAGCUGGUGGCUGUAAAUAGCAAAAAUCAAGAAUGGUUUAUCCAUAGCACCAAUGAUACAGGAACAGGGACAGGAUAUUACUAUCAAUGUCUAUUUACAGAUUAUAUUAUCUACCUUUCAAUUCCACGCCGCGAAAAUCGAAAGAUGUACCGUUUAAGCGUUCUUGAAGAAUAUUACAGUACUCAAAACUAUUACAAUUUGACAGUAAACUGCCUACAUAUACCUGGAUUAUACAAUAUUCGUAUAUACCACUUAAGCCGAAAGGCAAAACUCCUCAACAGGACUGUACUUACACCCACUGUGGAGGUGGCUCCAUUAGGCAUUACAGAAAAAUCGACAAGAUUGAGUGAAAAUACCAGCACUGGUGAUAUCCAAUUAGUUAAUUCAGUAUUUCUGACAAAUGUUAAUUCGACAAACGGUAGGAAAUUUUAUAAGUCUUCCAAGAAACCGACGAUGGUUCUUAGCAAUAUGAAUAUCGUUGGGCAGCACCUGAAGAAGCCAUGGUCAAGAAAAACAGCUGGACAUAAACCCGAUUGUGCCAUAGUGUUAGCUAUCACUAUAAGAAAUGUACGAUUGACAGGAAAGAGUUUUAAACUCUACAUACUUUUAUCCUUUACUCUUAAGACAAUAAACGAAGCUACCCCAUUCCGAGCCCUUACUGUUGAGGCAUCAAUAAAGGCAACAGGAUGGAACCCAGACUUCCUUAGACCCCUACGAGUUCUUUUUACUAAAGUCCACACAAUCGUCACCCACACCGCAUUAAACAAUAGCAUCUUCCUUACCGAGCUACCACGCGAUCCAUUCUUCGAUCUUGAUGAAUAUAUUACUAUCUCUAUCUUCUGGUUCUUUUACGCAAGUACCAAAAGUCGAACCAGUCAUCAAUAUUUAUUCCGCAAGUUUCACCUUUCCUCAUAUAUUAACCAUUCCAAAGCCAGCAAAUGUCUAGCAAGAAAGAUCAGUGCUGAAUUUGGUUGGCCUUCUGUAUUGAUGAAGACAAGCAAAAGAAGCUCUUCAGGAGGGUUGUUAUGUGAGACAAAAACUGACAGGAAUUCAAAAAAUAUAGAAAUAUUCCCUCCUGUUUACCGCCUAAGAUUCACCCAAGAUACCGUUGAACACGGCUCAGAGGGCCAAUAUCAUAUCUCUUGUUUCAGCUUCGGCAACUGUCCUAUUGAAUACAAGGCCACUUUUGACUUUAUAGGUUUAAAUGAAAUCAAAACUAAUAUCCAAACAGACUUGAAUUUAAAAAAGAUAUCAAAAACCCUUGCCACUUUAUUGCUCAAAACACCAAAAGGUCUACUAAUGUUGAACUUUAAGAAGUUUCAUACAUCCACACCAUGA